CUUUGAUGCACAAUGUUGCUUUGGUGUAAAAAAAACAAACAAAACAACAGCAUAUUUUUACUGUUGAAUGUGUGUAAAAUUUGUAACCCAAAAUGUAUGGUGUGAGUUAACGUUUGAAGCAAAUGUAUUGGCAUGCGUAGACCGUUACCUGCACUUGUUAAACAUCGAUUUGUAUGAUUGAGAGACCAGGCACAGAUGCUGCAACAAAGAAAGAGUUUGACCAAAGUAUUCUUUCCAUUCGAAUUCUUAUCCUCCUCAUCGGCUAACUGCAUCUGUCUAGACAAUGGGCUGAAACACUGAACUGCUAUGUCUGAAAGUCAAGGGAAGAUUUGCAAAGGUUAAAGUCACCUUUGAAAAACUGCAGGAGGCUUGCCCUGGGAUGCACGCCUUGUAAAACUGUUCCACAUCAUUAACUUCUCUAUGAAUGCGAAUUUUUUUCAAAAACAGCCCACGGCAAUAGUCACAGUGCAAAAAUGGGCACAACUGCAUAUAAAUCAGGUUCCUGGUCAGGCUAGAAAUUCCUUCCUCAAAACACUGGGAUUACACAACACUGAUAUUGUGAAACUACACUUUGCUUGUGUAAUACUUUCACUUUUCUUCAAAAGGUUGAACAGAUUCUUUAACCAGCUUUAAAGCCUGCAUUGAAAUAAAUGACUAAAAGCUAAAAAUAAAUAAAAUAAAAUGAAAGUGAGUAAUGGGAGCAGCUCUUGGAAGCUCAGCAUGUUCCUGUUAGGAGUCUCUGUUAUCACAGUGCUGAACUGUGCUGGGCUGGCGUUUCUCAUCUUGCAGCACGACACUCUGUCUGCUCAGCAGAGAGAGUUGUCGACUCGGCUGGAUGAGUUUUCUAAAAGUUCUGUGGUGGAGUUCCUCUCCCAGGUAAUCCGGGAUACAGCAGAGGAACCUGAACCACUCCAGUCCUCCCGGAACAAGAGGAGCCAGGAGCUGCGCGAGACCCACAUCCGAGCGGAAAACGAGGAGAUGCUCAUGAUGAUGACCUACUCCAUGGUGCCGGUCCGAGUGAUGGUGGAUUUGUGUAAUAGCACAAAAGGAAUUUGCUUAACAGGACCUCCUGGGCUACAUGGACCACCUGGCCUUGAUGGCAUGCCUGGAUACAAUGGAUCAAUAGGACUGCCAGGGCUGCAAGGAGUCCAGGGGAAACGAGGGAAGAAAGGUCCCCCCGGUGAGACCGGGCCACCAGGAGAAAAGGGAGAUUGUGAAAUAGGUUUUACAGGCGAGAGAGGGGCACCAGGACCAAAGGGUGAAAAAGGGGAGUGCUUCAAUGAGACCAUAAUGAAAGGUCCUCCAGGUGAAAAAGGGGAACCAGGAGAAAAGGGAGAUACAGGUGAAAAAGGUUUUCCUGGUAUGCCUGGAUUGCCAGGUAUAAAAGGGGAACCAGGACCAAAGGGUGAAAAUGGGGAGUCCUUCAAUGAGGUCAUAAUGGAAGCACCUCAAGGUCCAGAAGGUCCGGCAGGGCCAGCAGGUCCUCCUGGCCCACCUGGGCCCCCCGGACCCCCCGGAGCCCCACGGAACAAAGGUCACAAAGCACGGGCUCAGCAAAACACCAUUGUGACAGAUGCUGUACCAAAUGAUGAUACCUUGGCUGGAAAAGAUUUAACGAAAGUCGAAGGACACCUGUUAAAGAAAGCUGAAUGCAUCAUUAAAUCUGUAAACUGCACUUUAAAUGUAACAAAAAUGGAAACUACGUUUGGGACUUGGAUGCAGGACACAUCAACGGAUGAUGAACAUAUCUGGGUUGCUGAGCAUUUUUCAGGCCGGACAUUAAAAGAAUAUGACAACUUAGCGUCUUUACAGAAUGGCAAUGUCAAAGUUAUCGACCUUAGAAGAGCUGUCUUCCAGGGUUGUGGUCACGUCAUUCACAAUGGAUCUCUAUAUUUUCAUGUUGCCGGCACAUACAAGAUUGCAAAAUACGAUUUUGAAACCGCAACAAUAAAAAAAAUUACUAUUGAGAAUGCCCUGCACCGCAAUCUCAGCUAUCUCUUCCAGAAUUCGAAGACCUAUUUUAACGUGGCAGUGGAUGAAAAUGGACUGUGGAUCAUCUAUGCUUCAAGCAUUGAUGACAAUAUUAUGGUAGCUCAACUGGAUGAAAAAACAUUUUCUGUUACCCAGCAUAUGAACACCACCUACCCCAGAUCGAAGGCCGGCAAUGCUUUCAUUGCAUGUGGAGUCCUUUAUGUUACCGAUACGAAGGACAUAAAAGUAACUUUUGCUUUUGAUUUGUUGAAAAAGAGGCCUCUGAACUCCAGUUUUGAUUUAAGAUCAUCAAAUGGUGUGUUGGCAAUGUUGUCCUAUAAUCCAAAGGACCGCCAUUUGUAUACAUGGGACAACGGCUAUAUAACCAAAUAUAAUGUACAUUUUCUCUCCGAUUGAAUAAUACACAAUUGUCUGUUUUCUGUAUUUCAAGUAGUGUUUUUGAAUGUCAAUUUUACAAUCCAGUGGACUAUUUUUUUAAAUUUUGUACAUGAACAGGUUUAUUUAAAAUUUAAAAGUACAACAGUGGCCAUUUUUAUUUUUUUUUUUUAAACGAUUGUCAAACAAAGAGGAUUUUAUAUGAAAAAUCUUCAAUUUUAAUUUAAUUGUCCAACAUUUAUUAGUAAAGUAAUUGUUUUUACUCGUUCUAUUCAAACAAAGGACAUGGCUUGCUACAAGGACUAAACCAGUUAUCCUAUUACACAGACUGCAUGACCAGCUUUUCUAAAUUCAACAACUUUGUCAAGUGUUUUUUUUUUUUUUUUUUUUAAAUAAGCUGUACAUUUAUACUAUUUUAAUGUGUAUGUUGCCACAUGCUAUACGUUUGCAUUAGAGAUGCAUACUGUAAGAUGUGUAUGUAUCGCAUUCCAAUUUUGUAACAUACUUACCAUUUUUAUAUAUUGUACAGAAUAUCUGUUCUUAAUCUAAAGGACCAUCUGGUGUAAUGCAGUCCUUUAACAAACCUAUUAACAAUGUUGUAUAGGGGUGCAUGACAUUGUUGGAGAUUCUGCGUGAAAGAGAAUUAUGCUCGGUCUCCUGGUUACAGUAAAAAAAAACAACAUGUUAAAUUACGGCCAAUCCUAGAUUAGUUCUGCCUUAACUAAUAAAAAAAUUGUUUUUAUUCUCAAUCCCAAUAAAUGGGAGCAAGACACCCUUACUAAUCAGAUGUUGCGUCCUCAUCUAUCCUGCUUACAAACAAC